CUAACACAGAGAGAAUUCGUAGUGAAGGAAAGGAAAGUGUCAACAAAGUAAUAUGGAAAACACAAUGACGGAUAUUUCAUGCCCGAGGUACUCGCAGAACUGGCAAAUCUGUUAGACAAAAAGCUUGCCUCCGCUGACAAAGACCGUCCAGACGAGAAAUAUGCAAAAGGGGAAGGGACAAUUCACGUGCUUUGGGGUUUCGUUGACCCAACAUCCCGGAAACUCAAAGCGCGUUUUCUAAGUUUGAUUUCAACGACAAUCUUUCCAAGAAAAUCACUUGUUAACCAGUACUUCCACUUGUACUAUCAAUACACUAUCAAAUUAAGCAGAUACCGACAACGGCAGACCCGGCACCAUGCCCGGAACAACGAACAACAUGGGAGUGUUCCAAGCCUCCGCCCACACCAGCGAAGCCAAUCGACUCCAAGCUGUAGGCAACCACAAAGGGGCAGAACAAAAGCACCUCGAAGCCUUGGGCAUGAAGAUCUCUGCCGCUGGUGAAGAUUCAGUCCCUGUGGCCUUGACGAAGAAUGCUUUGGGGGAACUUUACCUCACGAUGGGAGAGCUAGAUAAGGCGCAAACGAUGCUGGAGGCAGCCGAUGUGAUUCGUUCUUCUAAUCCUUCUUCUGAUUCGGCCAGCAAGUUCGAUGAAGUUUGUACGAAGGAUAAUCUUGGUCGGCUUUGGGAAAUGAGGGGUGAUUUUGCAAAGGCAGCGGAGUUGCGUACUAAGGAUUCUGAGAAGAUGAUGUGCUCUAACUUUAAUGUGAGUUCUUCCUUUUCCGUCGAUGAGUCUCCUCUGCACUGUCUCGAAGCAGAGCGAGCUCAGCAAGUGCGCAAGAUGUCAUUGUGUCUGGUAUUGUGGCAAGGACUGCCAGAGAGGGGACUGGAAGAGACACAAGGCAUUUUGCAAGGCUGUAUGAAUGCUUAGCUCGGGAUCUGAGGUGUAAUCGGUCCAUUGCCAACUUGCGGAUUUAAAUGGAGAAUUGGACAAGGACCGAAAAGCAUUUAGCAUUAGUUUCUCAAAAGUUUUCGGCGUUGAUUAGAGGAAAUGGAAGGCAUGCGGUCUUGGAUGCUGAACGGCGGUAUUUCUGAUUUUGGAGUCUAGCUGGGGCUUUGGAAACUUAUUUUGAGAGUUCAUAUAUUCUUGCGUUCUUGAGCUUCACGCCUUCAAAG